AUGGCAGCGAACAUGUACCGGGUUGGAGAUUAUGUUUAUUUUGAAAACUCCUCCAGUAACCCAUUGCUGAUCAGGCGAAUAGAGGAACUCAACAAGACGGCGAAUGGGAAUGUGGAGGCCAAGGUAGUGUGUUUCUACAGGCGCAGGGAUAUCUCCACUACCCUCAUCGCCCUGGCAGACAAACAUGCCCGAGAGAUGGAGGAGGAGAUGGAGAACCCAGAGAUGGUGGACUUGCCUGAAAAACAGAAACAUCAGCUGCGACACAGAGAGCUCUUUCUCUCCAGGCAGUUAGAGUCCUUACCUGCAACACACAUCAGGGGAAAGUGCUGUGUUACUCUCCUUAAUGAAACAGAGGCCCUGAAGUCCUAUCUGGACAGAGAGGAUGCCUUUUUCUAUUCACUGGUCUAUGACCCUCAGCAGAAGACGCUGUUGGCUGAUAAGGGAGAGAUCAGAGUGGGGAAUAAGUACCAGGCAGACAUCACAGACCUGCUGAAAGAGGGUGAAGAUGAUGGCAGAGAUCUGUCUAAACUGGAAGAGAAGGUAUGGGACCCCAGCAGUCCCCUCACUGAGAAACAGAUUGACCAGUUCCUCGUAGUGGCUCGGUCAGUUGGUACAUUUGCCCGUGCUCUGGACUGCAGUAGUUCGGUUCGACAGCCCAGUCUGCACAUGAGUGCUGCAGCUGCCUCUAGAGACAUCACUCUGUUCCACGCCAUGGACACACUGCAUAACACAGGUUAUGACAUGACCCGUGCCAUCGCGGCCCUGGUGCCCCAGGGCGGUCCGGUUCUGUGUCGGGACGAGAUGGAGGAGUGGAGCGCGUCUGAGGCCAACCUUUUCGAGGAGGCACUGGAAAAAUAUGGCAAGGACUUCACUGACAUCCAGCAAGACUUUCUCCCUUGGAAGUCUCUGACGAGUAUUAUUGAAUAUUACUACAUGUGGAAAACCACAGACAGAUAUGUACAGCAGAAACGGUUAAAAGCAGCAGAAGCAGAGAGCAAACUGAAGCAAGUCUACAUCCCUAACUACAACAAGCCCAAUCCCAACCAGCUGAGUGUGAACAGCGUGAAGGCGGGCCUUGUGAACGGAGCCGGGGCAGUGCCUGGUCCGCCAGGGCAGCCCGCUGCAUUGGGACGGGCCUGUGAGAGCUGCUAUACCACCAACUCAUACCAGUGGUACUCUUGGGGUCCUCCAAACAUGCAGUGUCGACUGUGCGCCUCGUGCUGGACCUACUGGAAGAAGUACGGUGGACUUAAGAUGCCCACGCGACUGGAUGGAGAAAGACCCGGACCCAACCGGAACAACAUGAGCCCUCACUCUUUGCCGGUGAGACACAGUGGUAGCCCGAAGUUUGCCGUGAAAACCAGGCAGGCCUUCUACCUGCAGACCUCUCAGCUGACCAGGUUCGCCCGCCGCGUCUGUCAGGACCUGCUGAGGUCCAGAUACCUGGCCAGACACCCCUACACACCAGUCAACACGGCCGCCAUUAAAGCAGAGUGUGCGGUGCGGUUGCCAGAUAUGUCCAAAAAGCCUAUAGCUUUGAAACAGUCUGAGCGGAAGCCUUUGGAAUCUGUGGUCAGAUAUUUGGAGGCCCACCCAUGCCUGCCCAAACCGGAGCCUCCUCGUGGAGCCAGUAUCUCCACUGGCAGCCUGACGCCCAUCAAGUCAUCGCCUAUCCUUAACAACGGCUCGCCCACGAUUCUGGGCAAACGCACCUAUGAGCAGCACAAUGGUCUCGAUGGAACCAAAGCCAAAGUGUUGGCCCCUCAGUGGGAUAUCAUGAGUAAACGGGUCUCUGAGCCGGGCCGCACCUCCGCAGCCAUGCAGGACGAGGUGCAUGAAUUGGACUGACCUUUGACUCGACCUCUGACCCCUUCAUUCCAGCAUGGAGAUGAGAUAAAUGACAUGGUGUUAUCCAACCCUCUGAAACAGAAGGACUUGAGAAAAGGCCAACGGGCCACCGAUGAACUUGUCAGUGUGAUCCAAUGUUGAGCUUGCGUCCUUUUUAAGACCAAACUAUGUCUGUUUGGGUUGUAAAAGGUUAUGACAAUAUAAUAAGACUGACCUGACUGUAAAGGACUGUGUUUACUGUUUGCCAU